UGAGUUUAGAAAAAAUGCUACAAUACCAAGAAGUGAUAUACUUCGUGUAGAAUAUCAAUUCAGGUUAGGCAAAAAGCAGUUUGAAAAUUUGAAAAAUUCUGAAGUUGAUUCUGUUGGUGUUUUUGAGCGAGAAAAAUGAAUUGGCGUCUUCUCUCCCGGCUUUCUGUUUACUCGACAAAAACACAGUUAAGGCAAUAUACAGCAACAGGCAAUCACCAGCUGAGUAAUUUGGAUAAUUAUGGGGCUAUACUGGAGCAGUUUCCUGAAGGAAUACAAAUGGCUUUUGCCUAUGGUUCAGGAGUUUUUAAACAGCAGGGUCAAAGUGACACACAAGUGAAGAAGAAUAUGAUUGAUUUAAUAUUCGUUGUUGAUGAUUCAUAUAAAUGGCAUCACAAAAAUAUCAAACAAAAUAAAAAACAUUACUCAUGUUUGAAAUACUUUGGAGCUAAACAGGUUGCAAAUGUUCAAGAGAAAUAUGGGGCAGCUGUGUAUUUCAAUACCAAGGUUCAGUGUGCUGGAAGAGAAAUCAAAUAUGGAGUCAUUAGCACCAAACAACUUAUAACAGACUUGUUGGACUGGAGUACUUUAUAUGUUAGUGGUAGGAUGCACAAACCAAUCAGAAUCCUCAUCCCACCGACAAAAACAGAGCUGUGCUCUGCUAUGCAAAUCAAUUUGGAGAAUGCUAUUCAUGCAGCUUUACUUUUGCUUCCGGAAACUUUCAGUGAAGAAGAACUUUAUGAGCAAAUUGCUGCUCUGUCAUAUGAUGGUGACUUUAGAAUGAAAUUUGGUGAAGACAAAAACAAAAUUACAAAUAUUGUCAAACCAAAUAUGGCUUACUUCAGAAAACUCUACGAACAAAUUUUAUUGAAAGAAGAACAUGUGAAAUGGAGCAUAAAACAGGGUGUCUUAGAACAGUAUCCAAACCAAGUGUCCCAGUUUCAUCAUUUAAACCUUCUCCCAAAGACUGUUCAGUCUAAUCUGUUAGCUUGCAUGCACAGGAGGCCAGGGAAAUACCCUGAUCUUGAGGAGAUCAUACGACAGCUGGCUUUUGAUAGUAAUUGUGCGGAUUAUGUCAGACAAAGUAUAGCUGAAAUAGUGAAAGAAUCUAGUCGGAGUCAAAGUAUAAAGGGCAUUUUUACUGCAGGAAUAGUAAAAUCUGUGCUCUAUAGUAGUAGGAAAGUCCAAAAAAUGAUGGAUAGUAAAAAGUGAAUUAUUUUGAUAUUUUUACAUUUUAUUGUAUGAAUAUUUUGAAUAUUGAAAUAAAACGAAAAAAUAAAA